CUUUGCUGUCACUACUCACUAAUCUCUGUUAUAGUCAACUGUCAUUUCGAUACUUCCGAAAUUGUCGCUCCCUUUUAAACAGUUCAUAUAAAUCCGUGAGCUCAGCUUUAAACAACAAAAAUGGCCGAGGUCAUACCUAUUGAAAAUCGUAUGAUACAGUUCCUUACUAGAACUUUAGGAAAUACUAGUGCAAUGCCCGAAGGCGCCCCGGCUGAAAAUAAUAUGGUACAGUUGCUAACCAGAACUUUAUCGAAUCGAACACCGUUUGCAUCGAACUUGUUUAGUUCUGUCAUCAAACCUUUUAAAAACCAAGUUUACGAAGAUUUGAAGCGUCAAGCACAAGAAUCAGGACAACUCUUCGAAGAUCCUGAGUUUCCUGCUGUCAAUUCUUCCCUUUUUUAUAGUAAAAACAGUCUUCCUGGUCCAGUAGAAUGGAAGCGCCCUAAGGAAAUUCAUCAUAAUCCCAAACUCUUUGUUGAUGGGGCAUGCAGCUGUGAUGUAAUUCAGGGAAUGCUGGGAAAUUGCUGGUUUGUUGCUGCUUGCUCAUCACUUGCUCAAGAAAAAGAAUUAUGGAAUAAGGUUAUACCAGAUUCUGAAAUACAAGAAUGGAGUGAUGAGCACCCUGAAAAUUAUGCAGGAAUUUUUCACUUUCGAUUUUGGCUUUUUGAUGGUUGGUAUGAUGUUGUGAUUGAUGAUAGGCUUCCGACUAUUGAUGGACAAUUGAUUUAUAUUAAGUCAAGAGACAAGAAUGAAUUCUGGGGUGCUCUUCUGGAAAAGGCAUAUGCAAAAGUAGCUGGUUCUUACGAAUCUCUUGAUGGAGGUAACUUAUGCGAUGCCUUGAUAGAUUUCACUGGAGGAAUAGCAGAAACUUUUCAACUUCAAGAAGAAAAAUAUUAUGAAAAUGAGGAAAAGAAAGCCCAAUUAUUCCGUACAAUGCGAUCUGAAAUUGAAAAUCAUUCUCUACUUAGUUGUGCCAUUUCUGCUGCUUCUCAAGAAGAAAUGGAAGCUAGAACGGAAGUGGGACUAGUAAAAGGUCAUGCUUAUGGUAUUACUGCUGUCAAAAAGGUAUAUAUUGGUGAAACAUCUUUGAUGACCUUAUUUGCUCAAAAAGAAAAGAUCUACAUGAUUCGAAUGAGAAACCCAUGGGGUCAAAAAGAAUGGUCUGGACCUUUUAGUGAUGGUUCAGCGGAAUGGGAGCAAAUUUCUGCGAGCGAGAGGGAACGAAUAGGAUUAACGUUUGAAGAAGAUGGCGAAUUUUGGAUGACUUUUGAUGAUUUUUGCCAGUAUUUUACUGAUUUAUCUAUCUGCCGUUUGGUAAAUACAUCUUGGUUCAGUUUCAAUAAAACUUGGAAUGAAGCAAUAUUUCAAGGCAAAUGGACGACAGGGCCGCAGAAUUCUGAAACGGAUCGUGCUGGAGGAUGUUACAACCACAAAGAUACUUUUCUUCGAAAUCCUCAAUAUCGUUUUGAUGUUGAAGCGGACGAUGACACAGUAAUGAUAUUUUUAAUGCAACGUGACAGGAGAGCCUUGAGAUGCAAGGGAAUACAACAUCUUGUGAUUGGAUUUCAUGUUAUGAAAGUUGAAGCGAAUCGCCGUUACAGAUUGCAUGCUGUUAAAGAAAAGGCUGCUGGAUCAGAGUAUGCAAUGUCCAGGAAUGUCUUUCAGCGUUGCACUUUAAAAGCUGGUCGUUAUGUAAUUGUACCCACUACGUUUGAGCCUAAUCAGGAAGGGGAGUUUCUCCUUAGAGUUUUUACAAGCAAGGCUAAUAAUGGAAAGGAACUAGUGCAUGAUGUUCCAACUCAGAGUAUGUGGCCAUGUGUGUCAUAUCCUUGCCUUUUGACUAAGGUUUUUGUGAAAGGUGCAACUGGUUUAGAAAAGCAAGACAGAUUUGGAAGUGCUGAUCCUUAUUGCAUUAUUAAAUGUGAAAGUGAGCGAGUGCGCAGUCCAGUGUGUCGUGAGACUCUAGAUCCUGAGUGGAAUUUGACAGCCUUAUUUUAUCGAAAGCAUGCCGAUUCUUUAAUCAAAAUUCAGGUCUGGAACAGCAAUGUUGUUAUGGACACAUGUUUAGGAAAAGCAUCUGUUGAAGCACCUUUGAAUCCUGCAACAAUAACAAGAGAAGUUGAAUUGUUUGGUCGACUUCAGGAAAAAGGAGUGCAGAAACCAGGCACAGUUACGCUUGAAAUAACAACUGUUGAUGACCUUAUGGCAUUUUAAAGAUGCAGUUUCAUUGUUAAGAUAAGAUAUUUUAAAGGUGCAGUGCUUUUGCUCAAGCUUCAUCGUCCUUCCGCAUUUUAAAAAAAAGAUAUUUGUGGAGAGAGAGAGUACAAAUUUCGCCAUUAAUGGAUUUUCAGCUAUGGAACUCUGCAUAAAAUUUUUGUAAAUAUCUUAAUUUUUCAGAUUGUUUUUCUCUUUUGGGUAUUUUUUUAAAAAUAAUUUUUAAUGACUUGUGUGCUGUUUUUUAAGCAUUGAUUUAUUCUUUUUGUAAGAUUGAAAAUGUGUGUAGUAUAGAGUUAUAUGAAUCUUUUAUUGUCCUUUGACACUUCAUGUUCCCUCUCGCACAGACAGUAUUUGCCAUUGUCCUUCUGGUGUUCCUGCAUUUGGUAGUUUUUUUUUUUUAAGUACGCCUGAAAAGGUAUUGCUGUUUGUCCGGGAAACAUUGGAGUGUAAAGUUAAAAAAUGCAAAGUAAUGUACUAAGAGGAUUGUUAAGAAUUUAAAAACAUCUUUUUAUGAAUGUACAAAGCAUAAUUUGUUGCUUAUUCAUAUAUGUAUGAAAUAUCUCAUGAAUUUUCAUUUGGAUUUACUUAUGAUUGUUUCUUGCAGCUCAUUGCUUGUAUAUACUUAUGACUUUAAUCUUGCCUAAACUUGUUGAAUUUUCUGCUAAAUGCAAAUAUUUAAAGCAUGUAAGUGGUAUUGAACUAGCAUUUAUCCAUUUAGUUUUUCUGAGAAAUUUUAAAGUAUAAUUCCACUUUUAUUACAUUUACUUGGACCAAAAAUUAUGAAAGAAAUAUGUGCAAAUGAUUACAUAUUAAAUUUCCGUGUUUUACUAUUCAACUAAUGUAAAAUAAAAUAUGAAUUAUUACAUUAUUUUAAUUCAUAAUAUGAGGGUGUAUCAUUAAGUAACGCUCAUAAUUUUGAACGUAUUAAAAAAGAAUGCAGUGAAUGACAUAAUGAAAGUGAGAUGAAAGUAUUACCAAAUUAUUACUUUUCGACAUAACUGCCAUUCGUGAUAACACAUUUAUAACUUGGAUUUUCAAACAAAUAGUUUGAAAAUCGAAAGCGUGGGGCUUCUCCGAAACUUGCCGUAAAGCAUCUGAGGGGUGGAGGAUUCAGGUUUUCAUCUGUUUGGAUUCUUGAAGAAAUUCCAUCGCGAUCGGAAAUUUGAUUCCAACUAUGACUUCAAGCGGGCCUUGCGAUAGUGGCUCUACUCGCAGCCAAUGGUUAUUGUGUGACCCAGUUUUUUCAAUUGACCAGCGCUGGAAUAAAUGUUUCAGUGUGAAUAGCGGUUAUGUCGAAAAGUAGUAAAUUGGCAAUAUUUUCUUUUCCAUUUCAUAUUAGCAUUCAUUGCAUUUAAAAAAAAAUUAUGUUCAAAAUUAUGUGCGUUAUUUUUGACACUUCAUAUUUGUUGCUGUCAUAACCACUCCCUUAUUAAUCAAGCUUUCAUACUAUGUACAUGCAUAUUUGAGUGAAGUCAUCUUAUUUUCAAAGUUUUCUUGUAUGUCAUUUUUGUGCUAUAUUCUUCCAUAAAGUUCGGAUUUAUUUUUCUAUUUUUAACUUGUGAUAUUUUUUUAAGAUGUGUAAAGUGCAGUAAAAAAAAACCUAAGUGGCAGCUGAAUGAAAUGCUUCAUUGUAUAGAAUUCAUCAGUUUAAAAUAUUAAGACAUGAGCUAUAUUUUAAAUAUAAAAAAGUAUAUUCUCCAUUUGCUUCUGGAAAAAAUCCGGCUAUUUGUGUACAUUUCUACUUCAUAUUUCAUGUAAUUGCAUUUAAAAAAGUCUAUUGUUAUAUUUGAAAUCCAAUUGUAACUUACUGUAGGAAGCAUUGUAUCAAUUUUUAAAAAAUUCUUUUUAUUUAAAAAGUUUAUACAAAAUAAAAUUUUUCCUUUUAUCUAUUCUAUUUAAAGUGCAA